CUCAGCCGGUCGUGUGACCCGAAGGGCGAGAACAUUCCCGUUUUACAAACCAGCAUAGGAAUAGCAAACCGGUACCGCCUGUCUGUGUGGCUCAUUUUGAGACCUAGUAACCAAAAUAAGUUUAACAUUGUGUGUCUGUUUAGCUGAAAUAUGAACGGCCAAGUGAACGGUUUCCACAACUCCAUCAUCGAUGAAGAUUGUUUCUUGUUCACGUCUGAGUCUGUCGGUGAAGGACACCCUGAUAAGAUUUGCGACCAGAUCAGUGAUGCCGUGCUGGAUGCCCACCUCAGACAGGACCCUGAUGCUAAGGUUGCAUGUGAGACCGUGGCCAAGACUGGAAUGAUCUUGCUGGCCGGUGAGGUGACCUCGCGCGCGAACGUCGAUUACCAGAAGGUCGUCAGAGACACGAUCAGGCACAUCGGCUACGAUGACUCCUCCAAAGGCUUCGACUACAAGACCUGCAACGUUCUCGUGGCUCUGGAGCAGCAGUCCCCGGACAUCGCGCAGGGCGUCCACCUGGACCGUAACGAGGAGGACAUCGGGGCCGGAGACCAGGGUCUGAUGUUCGGCUACGCCACUGACGAGACUGAGGAGUGCAUGCCCCUCACCAUCAUCCUGGCUCACAAGCUGAACGGCAAGAUGGCCGAACUGCGCCGUAACGGCACCCUGCCCUGGCUGAGGCCGGACUCCAAGACCCAGGUGACCGUGCAGUACCGCCAGGACCGCGGUGCCAUGCUGCCCGUCCGCGUGCACACCGUGGUGGUGUCGGUGCAGCACGACGAGGGCGUGUGUCUGGACGAGAUGCGCGAUGCGCUGAAGGACAAAGUGGUGAAGACUGUCGUGCCCAGCGAAUAUCUGGACGACGAUACCGUCUACCACCUGCAGCCCAGCGGCCGCUUCGUCAUCGGGGGGCCGCAGGGUGACGCUGGUCUGACCGGACGCAAGAUCAUCGUGGAUACGUACGGAGGCUGGGGCGCUCACGGCGGCGGAGCUUUUUCAGGAAAGGACUACACUAAGGUCGACCGAUCCGCUGCCUACGCUGCACGCUGGGUUGCCAAAUCUCUAGUGAAGGCUGAACUGUGCAAGCGUGUCCUGGUGCAGGUGUCUUACGCUAUCGGCGUGGCCCACCCUCUGUCCAUCUCCAUCUUCCACUACGGGACCUCUCAGAGGAGCGAGAGGGAGCUUCUCGACAUCGUCAGGAAGAACUUCGACCUUCGCCCCGGCGUUAUCGUCAGAGAUCUGGACCUGAAGAAGCCCAUCUACCAGCGCACGGCUGCUUACGGCCACUUCGGCCGCGACUCCUUCCCCUGGGAGGUUCCCAAAAAGCUCAAAUACUAAACACUGUAACGUCCUCCUCUCUCGUCCGGCGGGCGUUACGCUACAGAGAAGCCCGUCCGGCUCGACGAGGGGGGCGAAGUACCGAAUCCUUCGUGCUCUCCCUGAACUCCUUUUCCCCUCUCAAUAAAUCCUCUAAAUGAGUCCCGAAGGUGACCGAAAAUCCUCCCUGCUUUCCUCCGGUGCCUGCCGACCCUGAGCCCGGUUCCUUCUGUGUUUUUAGAACUCUUCCUGAUCGUCUUCUCCUGACCUUUAGUCUCCGUACCCCUCCCGCGCCCCUCUACAAUCGAACGACGGCACAAAUCGAGUCGAGCGCUGCGCGUUGCCGAAAGAAGCACUGAAUCCCCUCGGAUCCGUAUUUUAUUCAUAAAUGUAAGAAUGCUCGUCACUCAUGCCAGUGUUAGCAUUUUUAGCGGUGCGUUUCUAUAACGGGAUCAAAAUAAUCGGAUGUCCGAACCCUCGAAUGAGAGCCAGCUGGGUAAAUUGGACGCUGUGUUUUUUUGGAAGAAUAAAAAUAAUCGAUCGGGUACAUUUAUAUAUUCUAUUUUAUUAUACAAGGCGAAGGGUUUUAUUUUAUUCGGACGUCUGUCGCGGUCCCUGCAGGCCAUGAAUGUUCCGGUGUGUUACAGAGAAGCCGGAAGCUGCUCACGAUCGUGGCGCUGUGAAGGGACCGCGGUGCGAACUCCUCCCCUCUUUACUCACGGUUCUAUUUCCGGAUCGAACCUCGUCGCCGUAGCUCCGUUUUUCUGGAUGUUGUUUUUGUACACCACAGUGUGAAGGUGCUGCACUUUCCCCUCCGCGGGCGGCCGACGGCCGGCGUAGCUACAGAGAAGCCGGGCUCCCUCGCCUCCGCGGAGGGGUUGCCUUCACCACUUGAACCGCUUCGUACUUGAAACACUUGCUGUAGUCCUUUUAUUUUCUUUCUCGAGCCCUGGUGUCCAUACAGAAAAGCCAGAGAAGUCUCGGGCGGGCCAGAACGUUUCCUUUUGUGUUCGGUGAAACACCUCCGUGUCCCGGGCCGCAUCCUCACGGCGUCCUACAGAAAAGCCGCGAGGCUCUGCAGCCUGGAAGCUGUGACCAUUGUUACCUUUUUUUUUUUUUUUUAAUUCGUUUUUAUCAGAGCGAUGGCAGAUUUGGUGAGACCGACCAUGCAAACUCGCACAUGCUUUACGUAUCGGGCGGUCUGCACCGGAGUCGACGCAGAAGCAAGAUUUGGUCAGUGUUGUACAGAGAAACUGGCCUGUUUACGUUGCUCUGCUCGGCGACGGUCAGAUCGUCCGUCCUUCUCAUUUUGUGGUGUUUUUAAUGAAAUCUUUCCUAUGAAAGCCCAAAUGGUGCAUCAGAUUGGUUGCUGAAAGAGCAAAAGUGCCUUUUCUAUAAUUUCUCCCUCUUUUCCUUCCCCACCCUGAACCUCUUGCCUGUUCUGUAACGUCCACCAAAUUUCUCCUUCUGAUUGUACCUGCUGUGGUUCCUCAGCAUCCUCCUCCUUUCUCUACUCUUCAGUGUUUGUCUCUCUUGUGAACUGUUAAUAAAAUUUCAGCCCUGACUCCCAA